AUGAAAUCUAAAACUCGUCUUUUCGUGCUGGUGGCUGUGGUUGUCACAUGCUUUGCUUAUAUACUCUGGCCCAAUACCUCGUUGCAGAACUUCCUGUUUAACGAUGUCUCCAGCAGUGCGCAGUUAAGUUUUGAACCAGAAAAGUUGGAAAGAAAUUGCAAGGCCUACUUCAAUGCCUUGGAAAGUAAGACGAGCUCCAGAGCAACUACUUCUAGAUACUUGCUUUCCCACCAAAUCUCGAACCACAUUGCACAUUUGCGGGUCUUUUGUGAGUGCUAUGUCCAGAAUGCAAACGAAGUUCCAGCUUCAAUCUCAUAUGAAGAAAUCCAGCCCAUGUUCUCUGGUCUUUUGCCAGUUAUGAAAGGAAAGCAUCCUGCGUCAGAAGUUAAACUACCAUCGAGGUCUUACUGGAGGAAUUACUUGGAUGCUCUGAGUGGAAAAGGUAUCGUGAUCGGUAUCCACGACAAGGAAGUAGAUUAUGCCACCCGACUAUUGAGAGUGCUCAACCACUUGGGAAAUGAAUUGCCUAUUCAAUUUGUGCAUGAGGGCGACUUGCUGCCCGAGUCUGUCUUCACUCUUCUCGAAGCAGCCAAACUGACCGAAGGUUCAAUAUCUCAGAAUAUUGACUUCAUUUCCAUACGACCUGCCAUCACCGCCGGGUACCAAUCGAUUUUCAAGGGCUACAACAAUAAGUGGUUUGCAGCACUUUUCACUACUUUCGAAGAAAUCAUCCUCAUGGAUGCAGACGCGGUGCCAUUCGUCAAACCUUCGUCAUUCUUUGAAUUAGAAGGCUACAAAAAGACGGGUGCAUACUUUUUCAGAGACAGAGAGCUUUCAGAAGCGCUCAAGCAGGACCAGGUGGAUUUUUUCCUGGGAAUGAUUCCAGCCGAUGGGUCUGUCUUUGAAUACAAGAUCGACCCAGCGCAGCUUCAAAAUAACUUCUUCAAAUACAAUUCUAAGCAUGUGAUGGAGAGUGGUGUGGUGGUGAUGAAUCGUCUGUCGCAUAUGCUGGGGCUUUUGGUGUCGUUGUCGUUGCAAUAUUGGUUCCAGAGUGGGCGUAUUAUGUAUGGGGACAAGGAUUUGUUCUGGUUAGGCCAAUUGAUCAGUGGAAACUCCAACUACUAUUUUAAUGAGUAUGCUGCUGCUGCUAUUGGUGAGUUGGAAGGGGAGCUGGAUCUCUGCUCUGCUCAGCUUGGCCAUUUGAGUAAAGACAAGAAGCUUCUAUGGACAAAUGGAACCUUACUCAAAUGCAAAAAGAACACCUGGUUGGCUGACUUCUUCAAGUACCCAGCACUCCGGCAGAAAUGCGGAAAUUCCAUGGCUAAAAUGAAGGAGGCCUAUAGUAGCGCAAUAACUAUCAGCGAGUGCAUUUUGCCUGCUUCUAUUCCAGAAAUUAAUGGGCUGAACAAGCGCAAAGUUACUGGCAAUUUCAACAAAAACUAUAAUCGUGGAUGCGGUGGAAUCUACUACUGUGCUACCAGCAAAGAUGGAGGAGAGGUCGUACGCUUCACAGAAGAGGAGAAGAAGCACUACAAUAAGAUUGUCAGUAUAUGGAAUUCGUCCAUAUAA